AUGCUGCCUCUCGGCGGUCUCGGCGGCGAACCGUUGGACGUGGUGGUCAUUGAUGAGAUGCAGAUACUCGGCGAUGAGAACCGCGGCGGAUCUUGGGCCAAAGCGAUCCUGGGUACGGCGGCAAAGGAUAUUCAUUUGUAUGGAGAUGAAACGACCGUGGAGCUGCUUCGCGGUAUGAUCACCUCCCUCGGCGAUACCCUCACCAUCCACGAAUACAACCGCCUCACCCCCCUCCUCGUCGGCGACGCAUCCAUCGAAAAUGAAUAUAUCAAGAUCGAAGAUGGGGACUGUGUCGUCAAGUUCUCGAGGUUGUGUACCUUCAAUUUUAAGAGGGUGAUUGAGAGUCGGGGGAAGAAGUGUGCGGUGGUGUAUGGGGCGUUGUCGCCAGAGACGAGGGCGGAGAAGGCAAAGGAUUUCAAUAAUGAUAAUGGGUUGUGCAAGGUUCUGGUGGCUAGUGAUGCCGUCGAAAUGGGGCUCAACUUGAAGAUCAAGAUAAUCAUAUUCGAAGCCCUCUCCAAAUUCAACGGCAAAGAACAAGUCCCCAUAUCCCUUAUGCAAGUCAAGCAAAGCGCCGGCCGCGCUGGCCGAUUCAAGACUGGCGCCGACAAGAACAUUGCAACCCCCGACGAAGCGCCCUUUUCCAGCGGCUACGCUACCACCUUCAAACCCGCCGACCUCCCCGUCCUGCGCAAAGUGCUGGACUGGAAACUCCCUCCCAUCGCGAGGGCCAAGAUGGAUAUCCCUACUAUCAGCCUUAUCGAGCUCGCUGCCCUCCUCACCUCUAGUCUGAUAUACGGCGACUUGGUGAAACACUGUUCCACCCUCGCCAAGCCGCCUCCUUCUACCGUCGUGACCGACUCAUUCAACAAGCUCGCUAUCGCCGACGUCAUCGAGCCGUACCGUCAAUUCUUCUCGAGGGAUGAAAAGGCGAAAGAGGUGGUCAGGAAUUUGGUGGAUGAUUAUGUUACGCUGGGGUGCGCGGCGGUGGAGUCUAUAUACUCUACCACCGACCUCCUCCUAACGCUUGGCGACGUCCUCGAAACGCUCCAAACCCUGCCUCCCUUAUCCGAAACAGCUAUCCCAGGGCUCCUCAAAAAACAAAAAGUCCCACACCUCCUCAUCAACCCACUCCCCAAACUCGAAACUCUCCACAAGUCGCUCGUUCUCUACAUCUGGCUCAGUCUCCGCCUCGAAGUGUCUUUCCCAGAUAGGUUGGUGGCGCAAGAGUGA